AUGUCACGGAAAUUCCAACCUGCACCGCUCAGGUUCUGGUCCAAUAACACGAGAGGCCUAGACGUCCCUGAGAAGCGCUCACAACUUCUGCGGACGCUGUGGUCCCAGAGGAUGUCCAUGGCAUUUCUGCAGGAGACCCACUUUAAAGAUGGGUGCGCUCCUGCGCUACAAGAUAAAAGAUUUCCCAAGGGCUUCUUUGCGAACCACCAGGACUCCAAAAGAUCAGGAGUGGCGAUCUUUUUUGCGAGGACGGUGCCUUUUCAAUGCAUCGCCACACAUGUGGACCCACUGGGAAGAUACCUCUUCAUAAAAGGAACUAUAGCGAAGUGCCCGUAUACCCUAGCCAACGUGUAUUGCCCCAAUCGGGGUCAGCACACAUUCCUGGCUCGGGCGAUGGCCCGCUUAGAAAAGUUCAAGGAAGGCUUACUGAUAUUAGCGGGUGACUUGAACACUCCCCUGGACCCCUGAAUAGACACAUCAAGGGGUAACAGCACCAUACCAGACCACUGCAUACGCAGGACCAAACAAACACUGACCGACUGCUGGCGGGCGGCGCACCCAGAGACUAUACCUGCUAUUCUGCCUCCCACAACCAAUAAAUUUCUACCCCUGCUCAUUUCCACAGACAUAGGGAUUCAAGGAGACUCUGACCACUCUCCCGUGUCCAUCCAGAUUAAAUCACCUCUCUUCCAGCCGAAGGAACACCAUUGGCAACUAAACGAAACCGUACUAUCAGAUACAGAAUGCUCGACACUGACCACGCAAGUACUCACCCAAAACUUCGAAACCAACACCGCCCCGGAAGUAUCCCCAUUGAUAACAUGGGAGGCACAUAAAUGUGUAGUUCGGGGGCACUACAUAAAUCUUUGCACGCGACACAAACGGGAGAACACUAGACACAUGCUGGAAUUGACCAAAUGGAUAACCGAACUCAAAACCACACAUAAAAGGGAACUGACAGAAGACGUAUACCUCCAUCUGACCGACGCGAGGAGACAGCUUAGGGACAUACUCUCUCAGAAGUUACUCAAAGUGGUCCGCAGGUCCAACCGCUAUUUUUAUGAGUACUCAAAUAAAUGCGGUAGACUGUUGGCCCGAACUCUGCAGCAGAGACGGAGGCAAAACCACAUUCACAAAAUAGCACAGGCCGAGGGCACCGCUCAG